AUGAAGCUUAAGCCUUGAAAUCAACAAAAAUAAAAAAAGAUGGAAGCAAAGAAAGUUCCAGAGGUGAUACUAAAUUCAGGGAAAAAGAUGCCAAUGAUAGGUUUUGGAACAUCAGAAAAUCCCUCUCCACCACAUGAAGUCCUCACCUCAAUUUUGGUUGAUGCCAUUGAAAUAGGCUACAGGCAUUUUGAUACUGCUUCUGUCUAUAAUACUGAAGAACCUCUAGGCCAAGCUGUGUCAAAAGCUUUAGAGCUAGGCCUCGUUAAAAAUCGCGAUGAACUGUUCGUUACUUCCAAGUUAUGGUGUACUGAUGCUCACCAUGACCUUGUUCUCCCAUCUCUCAAAACUACCAUCAAGCAAGCAUAUUUCUCUUAACUUCUUUUUUUCCGCUUCUUUUACGU